GUCUUAGGUACUGUUCUGUCUCUUAGUACAGCAAUUCGCAAUUCGCGCAAGUUAAACCGCGCUCGCUGGCAUCAAGGCUUUGCGCUUCUAACACCUAAGAUGAACCUCAACAUCCUGAACAUCCAUCUGUUCAACUACCAACACAAUGGCAAAUAAGAACCGACGAACUGCGGCUAAGUACAGUCCAGGUACUUCUAAGUUAAUUAUCGCAACCAAGCCCACUCUACGCACACCCCGCGAAGUCCAACAAGUCCAAAGCCCGAAGCUUAUCAACACCGAAAAGCAUUACAAGCGUCUCCAAGGCGCCAAUGCAGACAUCACAGUCCUUCAGACAGACACCAACUUAUCUCAAUAUCGAAUCACUACGAGAUCCUUCUCAGAUGGUUCAACUCAAUCCCAAAUUGACCAUCCCUACCAAGAGAAAGGGUACGAUUUCAUCACCAACAUGACUGAAAUCACCGAGGAUGCGCGCAAGGGCUGUCUUGAUGCGCGCAAGGGCUGUCUUGCUACGCGUUGGGUCGAGAUCGUUGUCGAGGUUGAAGGUACCGGUGAUGUCAAUGUCGCAAUUCUCCGGGAGCUCGAGAAGUUGCGAUUCAUAUUGAAGCAUAUUACCAAGCUCGCGAUCCGUAUCAAGCUUCCUGCCCUCACCAAGUUCUCCGGUCAAUCACUCGCGAGUAUUGCGACUUCUCAAGCUUACUCCAUCGUCGAGCGGAUCGUCAGAGAGGUUGAUGAAGAGAUGAUAUUGGUUGAUAAGAUGAACGUUGCCGGAGAAGAAUGCUGCCAAGCUUGAGGAUGUUCAACUCAUGUUUGCUGUUCCCUUCUAUGUUCUGGCGUUCCAGAAGUGGACUUUAAUGUGUCAGCUAAAGGAGAUGAAGGCUCCAGUUCUUGUUGGUGUGAAGGAUAGGAAAUGCCUGAAUCAGCUUAAUCAUAUGGAGAUGAAGCGUAUUCGGAAGAU